GACAAGAACUUCCGGGUUGUAAGGCAAUCGUCUCGUUUCUUCAGUAUGUUCGUUUGUUAUGUCAACUUUUAAUAUUUUGAGUUCGUAUAAACCUAUAUAUGUAUAUGUGUGCUAAAACUUAUUUUAAAUUAAUGUGAAUAUGACACAAUGGAUGUCCAAGUGGUAUAGGCAGUUAGGUGGACGUUUUACGUGCAGAUAGCGCUUAUAAAAUAACGUCGGUUAACAUGGCAUCCUCUGGGUCGUGCAAUUUACAAGAGGCGAGUAUGGAAGAGCUGAAACAAGAAAUAGAACGACUAAGUCGUGAAUUGGAUCAAGCUGUUAGCGAGAAGAUCCAAUCAGCUCAUUAUGGUUUGGUUCUCCUUGAAGAAAAGAGCGGCUUGGUAUUAAAAUGUGAAGAACUUGAAGGUUUAUAUGAAAAUUCAAAACAUGAACUUGAAAUUACGCAAGAGGCAUUAGCAAAGUUCCAGACAACUCACAAAGUGACCACUAAGACUGGAAUUGAACAAGAAGAAUCUCUUUUGUCAGAAUCUGCUGCUCGUGAGACUUCCCUCAACUCCCAAAUUUUAGAAUUGGAAAAUGAAACAAGACAACUUCGCCAAGAAUUGGAACGAGUGGUAAAUGAGAGGGACAGAGUAUUACAGGAGAAUUAUGACUUGGACAAAUAUAAAGAAGAAAGAGAGCUCGAAAGGAGGAAUCUCCGAUCAGAGUUACGAGAGAUCAAGUUUCGAGAGACUCGUCUCAUCACGGAUUAUUCCGAACUGGAAGAAGAAAAUAUUAGUCUGCAGAAACAGGUUUCAGUUCUGAAGUCGUCACAGGUUGAAUUUGAAGGAGUGAAGCAUGAAAUUCGCAGGCUACAAGAAGAUGUUGAACUUCUGCAUCAACAAGUUGAGGAGCUGACAAAGCUGAAGCAAAUUGCAGAGAAGCAACUGGAAGAAGCCCUUGAAUCUCUCCAGGCUGAACGAGAGGCUAAAUAUGCUUUAAAGAAGGAACUGGAUCAACGCAUAAAUAGUGAAUCAAUGUUUAAUCUCAGCAAUUUAGCUUUUAGUAUCCAAGGUAUUACAGAUGAUCAGACGAUGGGUAGUGAUGGUGAAGAUGACCUGCCAGUGCUGAAGCGUAUUGAAGCUGACCUAAAAAGUGGCUCGAACUCUGAUAUUAGGUCACCAGAUGGGAAACAAGUGGAUCUCUUCAGUGAGAUUCAUCUGAAUGAACUGAAGAAACUAGAAAAACAACUUGAGCAGGCAGAAAGUGAAAAACUCCUUUUGAACCAAAACCUUCACGAAUCUCAGGCUAAUGUUGAACGCAGCCAGGUGGAGCUGCAGGCGUUCAUGGCACGCUUGGUUCAAUUCGCUGCACAUGUUGAUUCAUUGCAACAUUUGUAUCAGAAAGCAGAUCAACAAUUUGAAGAACAUAAUGAGAACCGUAAUGUUGACAAAUUAAGUUCAGUAGUCUCACAGUACCAGCACUGGUUUAUGUUGGCAUUACAAGAAAUAGAGCAGUUACGCACUGAUCUGCGUGAACUGGAGAAGGGAUUGAACUGCUCAGAUGCUACUCUUCAGUUGCGCACAGAAGUGACGAACCUGAAGAACAAGUUGCUUGAUGCAGAACAGAGGGCUGUGGAGUUACAGAUGGAUGUGAGGCUGUUGGGUGAACUGGCUGGGGAGGCAGGAUCCUCACUAGACACUGCACAGAAUGAUUUACUUACAAUAUCGGAAGACUUGGCUCAGUUGUAUCAUCAUGUCUGCACGGUUAAUGGGGAGACACCCAGCCAAGUUCUUCUGGACCAUGAGAAACACAGAGGCAUGACACCAAGUGGUGACACUGAAUCAUGUCCUGAUAUUGAUAAAGAUGGUUAUGCAAUAUCCAAAUUAGAAUUACUUCGUAGUCACCUCAAAACAAACAUUUCAUUGAAAGACCUUGAAAGUCUGAAUGAUGCAGCUGCAAUGGCAAAACUUGUUGAGACAAUCCUAGAUCAAAUUAAACACCUUCGUACGGCGGUGGAGAAUACGAUUGAACUUUCUAAGAUGAAGGGUGUCCGAGGAAACAUAUCAGAAGUUAUCAAUGAUGACUUGAAAGAGGCUGAAAUUUCAGAACUUCAAGAGCAUGUUAUAAAGUUGAAGUCCCUUCUCUCGUCAAAGCGGGAACAGAUAACAGCGCUGCGCACUGUGCUCAAAACUGUUAAGAAUACAGCUGAAGUUGUUCUCUCGAAUCUCAAAUCCAAGUAUGAAAAUGAGAAAGCAGUUGUUAGCGAGACCAUGAUGAAGCUACGUAACGAACUGAGGCUUCUCAAAGAAGAAGCUGCUACUUUCUCAAGUUUGCGUGCCAUGUUCGCUACCCGCUGUGAGGAAUAUGUUAAUCAGGUUGAUGAACUUCAGCGUCAGCUGGGUGCAGCCGAAGAAGAAAGGAAAACUCUUAAUCAGCUGUUGCGUCUCGCAGUCCAGCAGAAACUAAGUCUGACACAGCGUUUAGAAGAGCUGGAAGUUGACAGGGAGAUGCGCAAUGCCCGACGGCACGCGUCAGGCGCAGGCGGUCGAGGUGCCAAGACUAGAUUUCCUCAGCCAGGCCGUUCUCAUAUGGGUAGAGAUUACUUGUAGCCACGGGGGAGGCAUUUCACCUGCAUCUUGGCUCUCCUUACGACCAUAGUCUGAAUGCUAUGAAGUCAGUCUCGCCAUUCUCGUUCUUGCACAUAGUAGCGUAAAUGCUUGAGGAGCCUUACAUAUGGGGUCCAUUAAGUUAUAUUAGUAACUGUUCAGUCCAGAACAGUGUACGUAUCCUGCUGUUUGAACAAAGCAAGUUGAUUUUAAAAGCAAAAUAGUUCUUGAUUUCUUUUCCUCCCACAAUGCAUUUUAAUGUUUUUUGGCAGCUGAAUUGUACAUUAUCUUGGCAGCUAAUUGAUUGUAUUUUCUAGAAAUAAGGAGGAUGAAGCCUUUUUAUUCUCUUCAAAAUGUACUGACACUUGGGAAGUAAGAUUCAUGUAUGAGACUAUGAGAAAUGCUAGUCUUUGUUUAUGUUAUAUAUGGGAUUGGCCUACUAGCUCUUUAGCAUAUUUAUGAAAAUGCUCCUGAUACUUUUACGAUGCCCUUAAGAUCAAAUAUAAAUUUUUGUAUAUUUUAGUCUCUUGGACCCUCGUGGUUGUGUGUGUGCUAAUACAACUAACUGCAGCGUCUGCACUGGGUGUGUCGUUAUUUCACAAUGAUUAUCUAUCAACUGUUAGAUCAUUAAUGGUCUGCUUAUCACUGACUUAUGACCUUGAUGUCAGCGUUGUUGGUCCAUUGGUGGUAGUAACAACCGUUGUGGGCAGACACCAUGUUUAAUCUUGUAUCUUCCCCACUGUUCCAUUCCAUUUGUCCAUCUUCGAAAGAGCGAUCGUGUAAGCUAGUGUCCGAGCCAUGCGGAGUGGAACAGCCGUCCCCAUAAUAGAUAGAAAAGUACCAAAGUUGUGGAAGUUUCUAUUGCCAAAUCGUUGUCCAAAUGUCCCGUGUUUUAUAUUGUGUUUGCGAGGGAGAGAUCUGUUGAUGAAUAUGUGUGUGUUUGUAUGUAUGUGUAUGCAACGGCAUUAUUAACGUUAUAAUUGUUACAAAUAUUGUGGAAGCUUUGUUGUGAUUCAGCCGAAGCCAGUUCAAAGCUGCCAGUAUUUGUCUUUUUAUAAUACUGAAUGUACAUUUUUUUUGUAAUCUGUACUUAUAAUUUAUUAAUCUACUAUUUAUUUAUGCCUAGUUAGGCAAUUAAUUGUUAUGUACAGCUAAUAUAAUCUGUGGGGUUAGUCAUGAAUAAUAUAGAUUUUAAAUAAUGCAAUUACUAGGAUUAACUGUUAUGGUACCAUAAGAUAUAAUCUCAAUUUUUCAUUAGUAUUUUAAUUUUGACUAAAUUUUAAACAUGUUAACAUUUAUUUAUGAGGGGAAACAGUAUUUUUACUACUAGGAUAGCUAGAUCAGAUGCUACUAUGUAUACUAUUGUAUGCAAUCCUGUUGGUUUAUUAAAUAUUGCAAUUGUCCUCAAA